AUGAAAUCCAGCUCCGAGCACCAAGGUCCGAAGUUUGGCGGCCUCAGGAGGCCGGCAAGGACCCCAAGGCCCCCGCUCGGCCGUGGGGAAGCGCCCAGUCCCGCCCGGCCAGUCCCCCCCGGGAAAGCAGACGCGAGGCCUAUAAGGCUCGGCUUAGGCCGCAAAACUAGGGACCCAGCGGACCCACGCGCAGCGGCGGCUCCCGGGAACAAAACGCCCUUGCCCAGCCGAGCCUCGGACCUGGGGCCUUUCCGGCACCCCCGGGCGGCCCCACCGGGCCUCGGUCCCGCGGCCCCCCCUCCGGUCUCCUCUUCCGUCCCCUCCCUCCAGCAGCCUAGGGCGGGAGCCGAGCCACCGCCGCCUUUACCUCCUCCUCAUGCGGGCGGAAGGUGCAUCGAGCGCCCGGGCCUCUGUCAGGUGGUUGCGCCGCCGCCCCUCGUCGGGCUGCACACAAAGCGGCUCCGCGGGUCCCGCCGCCGCCGCCGCCCGCCCGCCCGGGAGCGGCGCUGGGGCUGGCGGUGCCGAGGAGGAGCAGCCGCUGCGGGGGGAGACGCGGGGCGAGUGAGCGCUGGGCGGGGAGACAGUGCCGCUCUCCGUCUGGCCGAGGAAGAGCAGCCUCGAAGGCUCCUCCGGGAACGUGUGCGCGUGUGUCCGCCCGGCACCCCCGCAGCCCGCCCGCACGCACCUCGCGCCGGCCCGGACCGCCGACUCGGACCCGGACGCCCCUCGCAGCGGCGCGCGCCCGGCCGUCCGUGCCCCGGGAGCCGGCCCUCGCGCACACACCGGCCCGUCACGCGAACGGCGCGAGAGCACGCGAGAGCAGCGCGCGCUCCUCGCUCCCUCCCCUUCCUCCGCCGGCCGUGCAUCCGCCUCCCUCGGGCCCGAGGCGGCCGCGCGCAGGGCGGACAGCGCCGCCACCCGGUUGGCGCCAAUACCUGCCGCGCGGGGCGCCUCCGGGAGGACCCGACCGGAGAGGGCGAGAGGAGGAGGAGCCCGGGUGGCGGGAAGCGAGCCCAGGUUCCCGCGGCCCUGCGAGGGCACGCAGGGCAAACAGCGCUUUAUUUUUCGCAGCAGCGAUGAGCUGGGAGACAUCUGCAAAGUCAAGGAAAGUUGUGCAACGGGGCACAGCGCGAGCGGCUCACUCUCGGGUCUUCUGACAGCCACCCGAGUUGCCCACCGUCCUUAGAUUUCUGAAGUUAAUAUUUUGAAAGCUGCAAAACAUGAAAAUAGCAUUGGAUGGAGUCGUUCUCAAGGUAUGGUCUUUGGGCCACCAGGCCUCACAAUCACUUUGGGUACUGGCUGGAAACAUAGGUUUCCAACUCCAAACAUAAAAAAGCGAGGAUCUCUUGAGAGUGGAACCCAGAAAUAAGCAUUUAUUAAUUAGGUGGGUGAUUCUUGUCAAAAAGGAAGAACUCAUUUUUGUUAACGUUUUAAACGUACCAAGCAUUAACGUUUUCUGUCAUCCAAAGGAAAACAACUGUCAGGUAAAAAAAAAGUGCACGCAGCAGUGUUUGAGCAUUUUAAUGUAUGUGAAAUAAAUGAACGCAAGAGCAUACACUUACCUAUUUUUAAAAAAAUCAAGAGCAUACACAAAAUUUCCGAAGAGGAAGUUGAAAAAAGGAUACAAUAAUAUGAAAUCGCAUUCAGCUCUUGAAACUAACC